CCUGAGUCUAAUCCCAUAGCUUCUUAUUCAAAUGUCAUAUGAUAAGCAAGUAAUGUCUCUGCCGACACUAAUGGAACACGAGUAACUCAAAGGCACCCUGUAUGGUACCUUACAUUGGUCUACGCACUCACUUAGCUCUUUAGUGAGAAUAUUAUUACAGUCGUGCUAAAAAUCCAUGAACCCCCCUACCUCCAUCAAAACAAAUAAGUCCGUAUUUGCUGCAUAUAGCAAUUUUAUUUUUCAGAAGUAAGAUAUAACAGUUAGAAUUACAGUAAAAUGGAAGUAUCCAGCAGAUGCACGUGGUAUCGAUUAACUGGAAUAUGUUUGACAUCAUAAACGAUGGAAUUAGCUUGAUGCAAUUACCGAACAUGAUGUUGUACACUUUCAAAAAGAAAUAACUAGCGAAUUCUUUAGGUUAAAAAUACACAUUGAUAUGAGUGUUUUCAUCAAUUCUAGAUUAGCAUAUCGAAAUUAAACAGAAACACACAAAUAUAUCAGGUUAAUUAAUGCGUCGAAGAGCGUCUUGAUAUGAUGUUAUUUUCACUAUUUCCUGGAAAAUCAUUUACUUUUCAGUGGUGAAUUAUGACUAGUUAUCUGUUCUGUGCAUUUUACAGUUAUCAUGUAGAUUAGACUGAAACACGACUAACCUGUAUGUAACUGGAUGUGGAUAUAUGUCCAUACUAAUUAUAUGCUCAUGGUAUGUUUCUUCAAAAUAUUGCAUAUUUACGUUAGUGUUGUAAACUCGGUGAAAAAAUACCGACCUUUGAAUUUGAUUUAUCAAUAUCAGAAUGUGUUACUCACCGUCAUCAUUCAAAAUUUCUCUACAUUUUGCUUGAUCUCAGCUCUAUUCGCUUUUGAGUUUAUCAUCACUCUCUCAAUAAGAUACUUGAGUACAUACAGUUAACCCAUGAUAUAUCGAUUUCCGCGUGUCAGGCUUCGAGUUUUAUUAUGCUGACCAGAUACUUGUACUACGUGCAUGUCGGUAUUUGUUAUAUUCAGUUCUUUUAUAAGCACAACUUCUUUUGUGACUUUCAGUGUAAAUGUUCGUUCCAUAGUUUAAACUAUCUAAAUUCUUAUCCCAUUAAUUAGAUUCGAUUUGGCUGCACGAGUUCGUGCUUUGGUCAAAACAGAUUUAGAUAUCCAAAUCAGUAUGGAUGCUGUUAAGUAUCAUUUGAGUCAUUUUAUGGAUUCGCGUAAAACACUGUGUGAUCGAUUGCGCACGAUCGAAGCCAGAAUGGAAAGUUGCCGACAAGAUGGUAAACCUUAUGAUAUGUAUAUUGAAGAAGUGAACAGUCUAACUGAAUCGAUUCAAUGUCAAACACAAGUGAUUAGCGAUUUGCAACAAAAACUUAUGGAUGCCGGUGAAAGAUCGUCGACAGGUGCCUCCGGUCCACCUGAUUCGACUGGUCAAAUACUCUCAUCUCGUUUAUCCCAACUACACAGCAUCCAAGAGGCACGAAUAGCUUUGAAAUAUCUAUUCAGACAAGUAGGUUGUACUUUUUAUUCUUUUCUAACCAGACUGACCAAUUGAUGAAUCUUUCCAAAUUGUCAAGCUACAUUUGAAUAUAAGUAGUCACUGGGUAGACAUAUAACAACAUACGUCCGUGCUAUAUGGUUUAUU